AGAAGCUCCUCCCACUUCUCACAGCCUCCUCCAACUCUUAAAGUACUUAUGAUUGUGUCCCAGCCCACAGCCAACAGAGAAAACCAUUGUGUCAAAGAGACAGCACCAAAAGGCAAUACGAAGGACACCAUGGCAAAGAAGGUGGCAGUGAUUGGAGCAGGAGUCAGUGGUCUGGUCUCUCUGAAGUGCUGUGUGGAUGAGGGACUGGAGCCCACUUGCUUUGAGCAGACUGAAGAUAUUGGAGGGCUGUGGAGGUUCAAAGAAAAUGUUGAAGAUGGCCAAGCAAGUAUCUAUCAAUCUGUCAUCACCAACACCAGCAAAGAAAUGUCCUGUUUUAGUGACUUUCCAAUGCCUGAGGACUUUCCAAACUUCCUGCACAAUUCUAAGCUCCUGGAGUAUUUCCGGAUUUUUGCCAGAAAGUUUGAUCUUCUAAAAUAUAUCCAGUUCCAGACAACAGUCCUCAGUGUGAAAAAACACCUGGAUUUCUCAUCCUCUGGCCAAUGGGAAGUUGUUACUGAGAGGAACAACAAGAAGCAAAGUGCUGUCUUUGACGCAGUUAUGGUUUGCAGUGGCCAUCACAUCCUCCCUCACAUCCCACUGGAGUCAUUUCCAGGUAUCGAGAGGUUCAAAGGCCAGUAUUUGCAUAGCCGCCAAUACAAGCACCCAGAGGGAUUCGAGGGGAAACAUAUCCUGGUGAUUGGACUAGGGAACUCGGCCUCAGAUAUUGCCGUUGAGUUGAGUAAGAAGGCUGCUCAGGUAUUUAUCAGCACCAGACAUGGUUCCUGGGUCAUGAGCCGUAUCUCUGAAGAUGGUUAUCCCUGGGACAUGGUGUUCCACAGCCGGUUUAGGUCCAUGCUCCGAAAUGUCCUGCCACAAACAAUUCGAAAAUGGAUUAUGGAACAGCAGAUGGAUCGGUGGUUCAACCAUGAAAAUUAUGGCCUUGAGCCUCAAAACAAAUAUCUUAUGAAAGAACCUGUACUAAAUGAUGAUCUUCCAAGUCGUAUACUCUAUGGAACCAUCAAGGUGAAACCAAGAGUGAAAGAGCUCACAGAAACUUCUGCCAUCUUUGAAGAUGGAACAGUGGAGGAAGAGAUUGAUGUCAUUGUCUUUGCAACAGGAUAUACUUUCUCUUUUCCCUUCCUUGAAGAUUCACUUGUUAAAGUAGAGGAUAAAAUGGUCUCGCUGUAUAAAUACAUGUUCCCUCCUCAACUGGAGAAGUCCACUCUGGCAUGCAUUGGUCUCAUCCAGCCCCUAGGUUCCAUUUUCCCAACUGUCGAACUUCAAGCUCGUUGGGCUACCAGGGUCUUCAAAGGCUUGUGUACCUUGCCCUCAGGGAGCACUAUGAUGGCGGACAUUAUCAAGAGGAAUGAAAAAAGAAUAGAUCUGUUUGGAAAGAGCCUGAGCCAGACAUUGCAGACCAAUUACGUUGACUACUUGGACGAGCUUGCCUUAGAGAUAGGUGUGAAGCCAGACCUCCUGUCUCUCUUGUUAAAAGACCCCAAACUUGCUGUGAAGCUCUACUUUGGACCCUGCAACUCCUACCAGUACCGCCUCAUUGGGCCCGGGCAGUGGAAGGGGGCCAGGAGUGCCAUCCUCACCCAGAAACAAAGGAUACUGAAGCCUUUAAAGACACGGGCACCAAAAGCUUCAAGUGAUUUCCCUAUUUCCUUCCUGUUGAAAAUUCUGGGGCUUCUCGCUAUUGUUGUGGCCUUUUUUUUCAGCUUCAAUGGUUCUAAUCCAUCAGCAUAAAGUUGACUUUAGUGUCAGUCAGUUCCCUUAAAAAAGAAAAAAAAAACUAAAAAAAGGAAAAAUACAAAAUCUAGAUUCUAUAUUUCAGAGUUGGGAGGAGCAGAGAGAGGUUGCUGUAGAGAAUUCAAAGAAUUAGGUCCGGGUAAAACACCAAAAUGGUGUCAUGAAAGUUCUUUGCCAUUUCACUUUUCCCUCAAGUUCACCAGACUCUCCAAAAGGACAAUUAAAUAGCACUGGCUACAUAGUACUGCCAGCCCCAUGGAAGAGGGCUGUGUGGAAAAAAAUAGAAAUAUGCAGAAGGAAAAACAAGCUCCAUGGUUGAAAACAUUGGAAAAUUUCAAUGGUGGGUAAAUAUUUAAACUCCUGCAUGAUGUUCUUGAUAGUCUUCUUACUUGGACUGUAUUUGGUAACAAACCUCUCAGGUGUUAGGUCAUGCUCCAUUUGGUUAGCAAGGAAUCACUCAAAAGUCCUGGCAUAGGGAUCCCUGGGUGGCGCAGCGGUUUGGCGCCUGCCUUUGGCCCAGGGCGCGAUCCUGGAGACCCGGGAUCGAAUCCCACAUCGGGCUCCCGGUGCAUGGAGCCUGCUUCUCCCUCUGCCUAUGUCUCUGCCUCUCUCUCUUUCUCUCUCUGUGACUAUCAUAAAUAAAUAAAAAUUUAAAAAAAAAAAAAAAAAACAAAAGUCCUGGCAUAAAAAAUGAGAAGCUAGACUCAGAAAUUGAUGGCAAUGAUCGCAAGACUCCUGAGCUUCCUGGUGAAAGCUAAGCCAAUAGCCACAUUUCUUACAUUUUGAUAGAAACACAGCUGUAAACAUACCAAACAGCUAUAUACAUAUUUAGUACUUAUCAUAGACCAGACAUUGUGCUAAAUACACAUCAUAUGUUUUAACUUCAUUUAAAUCUCACAAUAAUUCUCCAAGAUGUGUGAGGCUAUUCUACCCAUUUUACAGAUGAUGAAACUGAGACUCAGAGCAGUUGUGUAACAUGCCCAAGACCAUACAGCUGGUCUUGUCAUGGAGCUGGGAUUGGAACCCAGUUUUGCUUGAUUCUAGAACUGCAGAUCAUAACCUUUACCCAGAAUAUACUUAUUUACAAAAACCCUUAUUAUUGAUAAGGUACUUAUUAACAGUUAUUAUAUUUGUAAUCAUAUAUAUGUUGCUUUUGGAAGAACUUAAUACAGAUAACAGUAUUCUUCUUGCAAAUAUAAUCAAUUAAUUGUAUUCAUAAUACUUGUUUUAUAGACCAGCCAGAUCUAAAAAGCAUUUGAAGGAAUUUACAAUGAAAACCUAUACAAGAACAUUUAAGAUAAUCAUUGGCAUUUUGAAAAAACAAGCAUCAAGGAAGAAGUAUAUGUCCCAAGUAGAUAAAAAGUAUUAUAAUAAUUGAGCCUUGUAUUUAGCUCUAACCUUAAAAAUAACCAAUGCAAAAAGUGAAACAAUAUUUAAUCUCUGUCAUUUGAUAAAAGGAAGCAUAGCAGUUUGUUAGGAGACAUAUAUUCUUGGAACUGAAAUCUAAAAAACAUACAAGCAAUUCAACAUCAACAGAUAUUGAGCAACAUAAUAAACAUUUGGUUUAUCAGUCUACUACAGUCAUUCUCUCCAUGAACUGUGCUUUGGGAAAUAAACUAUGCCCUAAGCCCAAGGCCUUCUGAAGAGGGAAAAAGUCAGAGAUUAGAGAUUUAAGCAAAUUUCUCCUCUUACUCUUCCAAAGUCUGUGUGGACACUGUUCUUCACUUUGGCCUGGAUUUGUCCCUGAAGUAUCCAGAGCAAUGUAAUGGCAAUCUGUCAGUGGAAGCUUUAUUUUUAUUGAAAUGCAAAAUAAUUUUUCAUUGUCCUAUGGGCAGUUUUCUUUGAAAAAAUUGCAGAUGGUAUAUAUACUUCUUGAUUAAAAACUGAUUACUUUGCUAAUUAUUAAAAUUAUUUGCCAGCCAUUAUGGCUUGCAAUAUAUGGCUUGCAAUAUGAUGCAGAAAGCCAUUUUAUUAUUGAUAAAAAUAAUAUUGAUAAUAAUAAUAAAUUGAAAGCCUGUAUUGCUAGAACAGGUGAACUGUUGUCUGUGGGUUAAAUGCAGAGCACUACAUAUUUCUGUAAAUAAAGUUUUAUUGGAACUUGUGGCUGUUAUUGGAACAGCCACAACAUACAUUUAUGGUCUGUGGCUGCUUGCAAGCUAUAAUGGCAGAGGUAAGUAGUUGCAACAAAAACAGUGUGACUCACAAGACCUAAAAUAUUUACUAUCUGGCCCUUCAUAGAGUAAGUUUGCCUAUCCCUACUUUGUAAUAUCCAAACCAUUGUCCUAAUUAUUUUUCAUAACUUGCCUCAUUCAUCAUUCUCACUACCCAGGGAACUAACUAUGGUUAUUAUCCUACAGUGGACUAGAUUGGGAAACAAGUGUCAGGUUGAUACUGAAUCAGUGGAGGAAAAUAGCUCCAUUAGGACAGAAUUAUUAUUACAUGUAUAACCUUGAAAAUUAUAGAAAAAGGUUGACCUAUUGAAAUCUUUCCAACUAUUCUAUUUUUAAAAAACAUAAAUAGUUCAUUUCCAGACUCUGAGAUUGACUAAGGAUGACACAUUCAAGUUUCUUCUUCUGCCUCUAUACACCCUGAAUCAGGAAAAUAUCCCAGACAAACCACCUAGGUUAGUUUGUUCCAAACCAUGACCCACAGAAUAUAUGCAUCAGAAUAUCUCGGAGAGCUUACAGAAGUGCAGUUUUAAAUAUAAGUGCAGUAAUAAUUCAGACCUACUGAAUGAGAGUCUCUGCUGGAAUCUCCAAUCUUGACAAGCUUCCUAGAAGAUUCCUGUGCACAUUAAAUUUGAGACAUUGGUUUCAUAUGUCUCCAAAAAAAGAAAACCUGCUUUAGAGAUCAGUCCAUGACUUUUUCCAUUCCUCAGGGCCAAAUUGCCCCUGGGGUUCAGCCUUGGUACUUCUUGCUGCAGGUUAUCAUAUUCUUCUCCUGUAAAGGAUGUGAACUGGUUGCCACCUUCAUCCCAAAUCUCUCCCCAUAAUGGUCCUUUUACUAACCUUUUAUUUUAACCACCUUUCUCUCUAUGAUAGCUUGGUUUUUCUUACGAAAAACCAAAUAUGUCUCAUUUGCUCUUUACAGGAAAAAUAGAUAUUUUUAAAAUAAA